AUGUACCAGAAAGACCCUGAACUCCUGUAUCCCACCAGUCCGGACUCCUAUCCUCGACAGGUCAACGACUGCGUCAGUGUGAACGGGCGCCCAGGGAUCGUAACCUGGGACGGACGGCCAACGCACCAAUUCGCAAAAGUCAGAUUUGAAGACGGCAAGGAAAGCGACGUCCUGCCAGUCUGCAGUCUACAGGCCAUCAAGUCGCCAGUGGAAGAGGAGGUUUUUGUGUCGGACUUCGAUCUCGAGUCCCUUGAGCUCAGCCACCUCCUACGGCCAGGAGCGACGAAUGGCGCUGGCCCCAACGCUUCUAGUUUCGCUGACAGUCCCGCCUGUGGCACCAUUGAUGCUCCGGUGGGCAUCGCACUGAGGAGCUCGGAAGCGAAGGCUGCUCUGCAGGGACUCCGAGCCGGACAGGUCUGCUGGAGCUUCGGUGGCAACCGCCUGCCUUGGCCCGUAAAGCUUAUCCAGGAGUGCCCAGAGACGCAGACAUGGCGAGUCCUGUUCCUGGGUGCAGAGUGGAGAGAGGAGAGCCUUUCGGUGGCAUGCCUGCGGCCCUACGUUCAAGGAGACUUUGCAGUUUUGGCGGGCAUCCUGCCCCUCGCGCAGGAAGAGCAUGCGAAAUGCGGUGAAGCUGCUGAAGAGAAAGCACGAAGUGCAUCUUCGGCAUCUUCGGCCAGCAAAGACACAGUGACAGAGGCGGCGUAG